AUGGUGACGGCACUUUCGUCCACCGCCACCUGCGCCACAUCCCUCCACUUUCCACACCCGUCUCCUCCCUGUAGUAUCAGCAGUGGCGUCGGCCACGUCCAGUUUUUCCGCCGGCGCUGUCGCGGGCUGCAGAGGCGGGGAGGCGGCGAGGCAGCGCGCGCGGGGCUGGGGGGAUUGCUGGGCGGCAUGUUCGGCGGAGGCGGCGGCGACGACGGUGAGGCAGCGAAGAGGAGGUACAACGACACUGUCGCGCUCGUCAACAGGCUGGAGCCCGAGGUCUCCGCGCUCUCGGACGCUGACCUCCGCGCCCGCACCUCCGCGCUGCAAGAGCGCGCGCGCGCCGGGGAAUCCCUCGGCUCCCUCCUCCCCGUACGUAUUGGACAACAUCCAGAAUCACUUACAAUCUCUUAA